CGCCUCUCCUGCCGAGCAACCAAUUAACGCGAGGGCGGUGGGAGCGCGGUUUUUCCCCUCCCUUGCCUGCUGGAGGAUGUGGGUGCCAUUAGAGUGCUCUCAGGGCAGGCGAGGACUGAAGGGUUUGUGGAGGUGCCACCUCGUCGGGGAAGAUUUCCUUUUUGCCUCCAGAGUGUUCCAUUAUGGCAGCUUCCAGUGAACAAUGACAUCCUCUGACAAACCUAGAUGCCAAAAAGCUGGAUGGAAACAGUGGCCUUGUUUCAUUUUUACUUCAACACAGUGAAAUGGUGCUCUUAAAGUUUUGCUACUGACUCCCACUGGAAAAAAAAAAACAACUCCUGACUGGACCUUUUUCCCCAAAACCUCUCCCAGUGUUCUUACGGAUGCUUGACCUAGUGACAUCAUGUAGUAGGCCCUGAAGUGUUGUCAUAAUUAAGUUGCAAUGGUUUUAUACACUUCCCCAUUUCCCAACAGCUUUCUGUCAGUUCUGCAUUCUUUUUCCUGGGGCCUAAUUUUCCCAUGUUACUGGUUAGCAGAUAGACUUGUGGCCUCUUUUGUUCCAACCACCUAUGAAAAACGUCAAAGAGCGGAUGAUCCAUGCUAUUUUCAUGCCCUCUGCAUCAUUAUUACCACUCCCAUCUACUUGGCACUGUUAGUAGCCUCUCUUCCUUUUGCUCUGAUUGGCUUUAUGUUAUGGUCCCCACUCCAGUCAGUCAGAAGGCCGUAUAUCUACUCCAGACUAGAAGACAGGAACCAUGCCAAUGGAGCCACACUGCUUACUGAAUGGAAGGCUGCGGGGAGCGGGAAGAGCUUCUGCUUUGGCAGUGCUAAUGUUUGCCUGCUGCCAGAUUCUCUGGCAAGAUUUAAUAAUGUUUUCAAUACACAGGCUAGGGCUAAAGAGAUUGGCCGGAGGAUCCGAAAUGGGGCAAGCAGACCACAGAUCAAAAUAUACAUAGAUUCUCCUACCAACACCUCCAUCAGUGCAGCAAGUUUUAGCAGCUUGGUGUCCCCCCAGGGUGGAGAUAGCACUAAUCAUACGUUUAAUCCUGGCAUGAAAAGGACAACAUCAAUGGAGUAUAAAGGAGAUAAUUCUGGCUCAAACAAUGGUGAGGAUAGUAGAGAAGAUAAGGACAGAACCAGAGAGCCAAAUGAGGGAGAAGAAAAGUCUUGCAUUGUCCGCAUAAAUGGAGAGGAUAAUGGCCACAUGUCAGAUACAGACACAGAUGCUGUCAAUGGCCAGGCUCAUGCCAGCGGCCCAGCAGAGCCCUUGCUGGAAGGUGAUGCAGAGAUCUCAGAAACACCUAACCACAAACAGAAGGAAGGAGAUUCUGGCAGUUUAGACAGCUGCUCUGCCUCGCGAGAGUCCUUAGUUAAAGUUCGUGUUGGGGAUGGUACAGUGGACCAAAGCACUGUUAACAACAAGCUCCUCUACAAAGCUUCAAUCAUGAAGAAGACUUCAGUGCGGAAAAAGAAACAUACAGAUGAGACCUUUGAUCAUGAGAUCUCUGCUUUCUUCCCUGCCAACUUGGACUUUCUGUGUUUGCAGGAAGUGUUUGACAAAAGAGCUGCAGAGAAAUUGAAAGAGCAGCUUCAUCACUAUUUUGAAUACAUUGUCUAUGAUGUUGGGGUCUACAGUUGCCACAGCUGCUGUAGCUUUAAGUUUGUGAACAGUGGUCUACUUUUUGCCAGCCGCUAUCCUGUUAUGGAUGCUGCCUAUCACUGUUACCCCAAUGGAAGAGGGACAGACUCCUUGGCUUCCAAGGGAGCCUUGUUUCUCAAGGUGCAAGUGGGAAGUACACCUCAGGACCAAAGAAUUGUGGGAUACAUUUCCUGCACUCACUUGCAAGCUAUUGCAGGAGAUACUACUGUUCGAUGUGAGCAACUGGAUAUGCUUCAAGAUUGGCUGUCUGAAUUCCGAAAAUCUACCUCCUCCUCCAGUACAGCCAAUCCAGAGGAGCUGGUGGCUUUUGAUGUCAUUUGUGGAGAUCUUAACUUUGAUAACUGCUCCUCUGAAGACAAGCUGGAGCAACAGCAUUCUCUGUUUACACACUACAAAGAUCCAUGCCGAAUUGGUCCUGGGGAGGAUAAACCAUGGGCAAUCGGUACCUUGCUGGAUCCUGAAGGAUUGUAUGAUGAUGAAGUGUGCACUCCAGAUAACCUACAGAAGGUGCUGGAAAGUGAAGAAGGAAGGAAAGGAUACUUGGUCUACCCCACCAGCAAGAACCACAGUUCCAGUCAAAAGGGGAGGAAGGCAUCACUGAAAGGGAAUGGGAGGAGAAUUGACUAUAUGCUGUAUACAGAAGAAGGUCUCUACCUAGAAUGGAAAGUGGAAGUGGAAGAGUUCAGCUUUAUUACCCAGUUAGCAGGCUUGACAGACCACCUACCAGUAGCAAUGCGUCUCAUGGUUUCUACAGGAGAAGAUGACCCUUAAAGCUAACUAGCUUUGAGAGAUCAGAAGAGGGAAACAUUAACAAUAUUAAGAAAAUAUCAGAAUAAGAAUGUUCUGGUGCCAUGUUAGGGAAAAUGACCAGACCUGACUUGGGCUAAUUCUGAACAUACCAACAAAGGCAGAUAUAAAAAGGGAAGAAAUAGAGGGGUUGUGGCCAAAAGCCACUGUCACAAGUUGCUCAGGCAACAGGGCAAGCCUGUACUACAAUGCUUUCACUGUGGACCGAACGGAACCAAGAUGGAAGUCCUAAUUCCUUCUGAACCAGUGCCAUUCUUACUAAACAUGUUUUUAUACUAAUAUAUAGCACAAUUUAGUUUGUAAUUAGUCUGUGAGUUAGUGCUGCUCUAUGGUUUUUUGCAUCAUUUCUUUGUAUAACUAAUAAGCUAAAGCUUUGUUUCUUUUUUUAGCCUGUUUAUAAAGUUGUAGCGUGCUUGCAUCAGUAGCAUGCGCCCGCACUGCAUGCCACUCUGAGAUAAAAUAGUCAGUAAGAUAUCAUGGGGAAUAUCAGAAUGGAAGCAAGUUCAAAAAUCAGAUUACCAGCCAAAGCAAGGCAUUCUGGGACUGGCAAACCCUUCUGUCCUUACAGAUAGAUCUUAAAGCAAAUAAACAGAACCUGUAUUCAGUUUGCAGACCAGUAUCUUCCUGUCUAUUUAAGGAUACUUCUAAGAUUUGCAAUUAAGACUUUAAGAACACAGUUCUACCCUUACUCCAGCUGUGUUCCCACUGAAAUUAUGAAGUAUUGUGUCUGAAUAAUGACUCCAGAAUUGGGCCUUUAGCUUUCUAGGUGCAAGUUAUUUCCUUAAGAAGAAAUACAGUUCCCCUGUAAUGUUUUUUCUUUCUUUCCAUAUGUGGGACAGUUCUGAAUUAUGGUAUGGGAUGAUAUGUAUGUUACAGUAGCGUGAAUAGAUUCCUGUAGUACUGUUGGUAACACCAGAGCCAACCUUCUGCCUUAGUUAGGGUAAGUGGGAAAUAGCUUGUAAAAUGCAUGCUAGAUAUAGAGUUAAAAUUAACAUUUUUUUUUGGAAAAAUGUGGAAGAGUGUAUGACUGAUAAGGCAGGAUAACCUAACAAUUUUCCAAAGGAAUCAAUCAGUACACUUAAAAGGAAAAUCUAGCAAAACUAACUAGAGAGUAGAGACCAGAACUGUGACUCUCAGCCUUAGGUAACUGCAGCCUAGAAACAGAGGGUUUGUUUCUGUCUUUGAGACACAGGUUUCCAUGUGUUAUGCACUCACAGGCUUUAACGAGGGUCUUUCCAGCUAAUUUGUAUGUAUGUUCUUUCCCUGCAGCUGUUUAAAUGUGGGGCUCCUCUCUGUCAUCUUAUCCCUAUGACUUCACCUACCCAGCCUCUGUAACCUUAACAAAAUAAUGAAAAGUUGAGGAUCAGGUCCAUGCCAAGACUUGGUGUUUUCUUAGGGAUUUAAAUGCAGAAGGGUUUGUGUUGCUGGGAGAACCAGGGGACCCCUUGUAUUUUCACUGAUACUUAGUUUCUUCUGCCUGCUUCAUGUUCGGUUUUAGCACUAUUUCCUCGUACAUUAUAAAUACCCAGUGUUAAAAAGAAAAGAGUUAAUCUAAUAGUUAGUUACCCUAUUAAGUAAACUGCUUUAGUUAUGCUGGCCACAAACUCCUGAAGAUGCUCUUGUUUUGGUUUAGUUUGCACCUGCUAGGAAUCAGCUUGAGCUAAAUCAGAAGAAAUUUAAAUUAGAAAUCCCAGUCUAUGCAGCCUCUGGUACUGGCUUAAUUAGCUGCAGUAAACAGUGAAACUUUCACUUAGGUCAGCCUGAUUUUGCAAGUAGAGAAACAAAGCUUUAACAGUCACGAGAGUACUGGACUGACAGUACUGCCUAAUCCCAAAUAGACAGUAGGCCACUGU